AUGUCCGCCCAGCGACCGGGUUCUCGAACGCCCAUCUCGGAUUAUAGCUCCUCAAGGCAUAGACCAUCAGGGAGCGUAUCUAGUACUGUCAGUCACCCAAGAUCUGAUGGCGAAGGCCGACGAGACGCGAAUGGUGUAUCACGGAGUGGCCAUAGCAAGCGCUCUGGAGGAGUGGAAUCCAGUGUGACGCGCCUUUUGGUCUCAAUCAAGAAACUGUUGGAGGGCCUCGAGAACUGGAGCAAGGGCGACGUAACAGAUACUCAAAUCAGUGAUCUAUACGUUCGAUUUGGAAACGAUUUCAAUACCGCUCUUUCGGCGUUUGAUUCGUGUGGGAUUGACAUGGUCGACCUCAAAGGUGUCCCAGACGACCUCAGGGAUAUACUAGAACGAUGUUUAGCUGAGGAAGCAUCCCAAGAAAGCCUAAGUAUCUACUUGCCUGGUGUCCGCAAGAUCAUCACUCGACUGCUCGAGGGUCUUCGGAGAAAACAGGAUGAAUAUCGAGUCCGCGAGCCUACCAGCGGUUCCAGCCGCUCUCGUCGAUCGUCUAGAACCGAGCUACCAUAUGAAGAUGGCGCCCGUACGGACGAUGGCUCCCAAACUCCAAGGCAAGGCAGUAGUCGCGGCUCUCGAACAUUAGUGUCAGGGGAAGCACCAUCUUCUUCUAGUUCGCGUCGACCAACAGAUCCUCGUAGAGCUGCUGUCUCUGAUUCAGAGCGUCGGUCGAAUAGCGUCUCGGCCCGAGGUGGUCCUAUUCCUGUACCUCCCAUCCCACAAGAUGGCCCAUCUAGAUCAUCUCAGACCCGCUCACCGUCCCAACGACGUGGUCAAAUCUCCCGUUCGGCGUCUGCUACGCCAGCGCCACCGGACACAGACCCUGAAACACCACGCACGAAUCCAUCGCCCAGGGCUAUGAGACAGGUCUCUAGUUCAUCUUCCACGUCGUCUCCCCCACCCCAGAUACCUAAAGAAAUCUUAUCCACACCGAAGGCGGAGCCAAAGAAUAUCAUCCCACCAGAAAUGCCAAGGUAUUCUCUACAAGACAAGCCUAUGACUUCGUUUUCAAUGGAAGUCACAUCUCCGACGUCCCCUCCUGGGGAGAGUUCGAUGACGGACAAUCGGCCAAGUACCCCAGAAAGCCAACCAACGCCUGCAGUAGAAUCGUCUCUAGCUGCAUUGAAGCAGAGCGAGGCUCUCCAGCGACGAGCGUCGAAGCGAUUUUCGACAUACACAAUGUCAAAGAUGGCUGGAUCGAGCAUGGGUCCUUCUCUCGGUGCAUCGAACCUCCGGAGAUCAGUAGCGACAGGUGCGCUGUUGACGGCGGGGGAUUUGGCAGCAUUGACAGAGGCGGACGAGACUGCAGAAGAAGAUUCGAUGUCAAAGUCGUCAAAAGACCUAGGACGAAAGCGAAGCAUCGAGAGAAGGCAGAGGAUGACUACAAUCGAUGAGCCAUUUGAACCACCUGUGCCGGCACUUCCAGGAGCUGAAAGGCCGAUGGACGAGAACAAGCCUAUCACUAAUGGUGUUGACGCUGCCGGAUCCCGGGCAGACCGACCAGAAUCACCUAAAGAGAUGACGGUAUACUUCCAAGUCGGACGCCAGGUGAAGAAGGUUGUGAUGGAGCCCGUCACGUCGUUUGCCGCCCUGCGUGUUCUGUUCAUGAACAAGUUCAUGUACAACCCAGGAGGCGGAAACUUCCCGGAGAUUUACAUCCGAGAUCCAGCAAGUGGAGUGCAGUACGAGCUGGAGGAUGUUUCAGAGGUGAAGGACAAGUGUUUGCUGUCGUUGAACAUUGAACCGCUGGAUCAAAUCAAGCAGCAUAUCGACACUCAAAUUGCGACUCUAUCCCAAGAGAUCAAAGACCUCAAGUCUACUGUCGCAACCUCACGUAGGGUUUCAUUAACUCCUGGGCCACCCGCGUCACCAGGAGUUGUGAACAGCAUCGUUUUCCCGACUCGUCCGAGCGAGAAGCAGUUCCAAAACAUGGCUCAACGGAUUGGAAAAGCGCAGGCACAGUCACGCGCAGCGACCGCUCUCCCACCAUUGGUACCCCAGAUGACGGGAACGUCCGACGUAGGCAGUGUAACAUCCGGACGGAUAGUCAACGAUCUCAAGACCCAGUUCGACGAAGUGCAAAACAUUCGACGAGAUCUCGGUGUGAUGCGACAGAUCUAUGUCGAUUUUACCAAUUCGACAAAGGAGUCGCUUGGUGCGCUUCGUACGCAAGCAGCAUCGAUUCGCCAAGUAGCGAAUACCAAGGUGGGCGGAGCUCGUGCGUCCAUCGACGCUGGCAAGGCGCGUCUAGAUAAACGGAGCCAAGACGUAUUGUCGGACAUCAAUGACCUUGAGGAUACGGUAGAGAGUCUGAGGGAUGAUGUCCUCAAAAGGCAGAUUAUGCCAAAGAUGGACACGACGAAGCGACUGCGGGCAAAGAUUGAUGCGACGACAAAGGAGCUCGAGGAUCUCAAAGCACAUAUCACGACAGUACGACCUUCGUGGAAGAAGACGUGGGAGCAAGAGCUGCAGAAUAUCAUGGAGGAGCAGCAGUUCUUGGGACACCAAGAGGAGCUGAUCGAGGAUCUGAUCGAAGACAACAAGGCGCUGAGCGAGGUCUUUGGACAUGUGGAGAAGGUGAUCUCACUUCGUGGGACAGGAGCCGGACGAUCUCGAUCGUUCCGACCACCACCUCCUGAUGAAGGACACGGAGGGUUGAGCACUGUGAUGCUGGAGAUUCGGGGAGCACAAGUGGAUCCCCAGCGUCGACUCAAAGCUAUCGAGCAGAAUCAACUGGCUAGAAAGAAGGAACUCAUGUCUCGGUCGGACGAGUUUCAGCAAGAGCUGGCUGGGUUUGUAAAGGGGAAGAAGCUAAAGAUGACAGGAGGGACGGAGGAGGCAGAGCGGAAGCGAAAGGUCAAGGACGAACUGGCGUUCAAGGCAAUGUUCUCAAACACGAGCCUGAUGUCGGGGAGUGGAAAUGGAAGUGGGAGCAUGGGAGGUGGGAUGGGUAGUUUCGGCGGGUUUGGGGGAGGACUACCUGGACUGGCACAAGCACCUGCGCUGUCAGAUUCAGGAAGCGACGACGAGGAUAUGUCACCUGUAGGAUCUCCUACGUGA